AUGGCCACACUCGUCAGAGUUGCAAACACUCCACCAGCAGGCGUAAAUGCACCGUACACGACCGACUGGUACCAGGCCGCUGCAGAUCCUAGAGGCUUAUUAGCAUACGUGACGGCCAAGCUGGUGGCACAGCGGAAACUCACCUGCAGCGACACCGACAACAUUGAACCCGACUGCAGAGAGGACCAAAUAGACUAUGAAAAAUGUGACUAUCCAGGCAAGAAGGACCGAAAACACAUCUUCCGCCUUGGUUAG